AUGGCCGACGUGGAGCCAGCGGCCCUCGCCGCCUUCGGAGCUCUAGGAGCUCUGGAGGUGGCAGCUCUGAUGGCUCCAGCGGUGGUCGCAGCUUCGACGGCGACGACGGCAGUGGCGAUGGUGGCGUCGGCGGCGGCGGUGGCGUCGGCGGCGGCGGUGGCAGCGGCGGCGGCGGUGGCAGCGGCGGCGGCGGUGGCAGCGGCGGCGGCGGUGGCAGCGGCGGCGGCGGUGGCAGCGGCGGCGGCGGUGGCAGCGGCGGCGGCGGUGGCAGCGGCGGCGGCGGUGGCAGCGGCGGCGGUGAUACAGAGGACAGCAACACUGACCAACUUUACCGCCGCUCGCAGCGCCUUCAAGCCAGCCAGGCUCAGGCUGGCGCGGAUCGCUGAGUCGCAGCUGGCGGCGGAAGAGCGGCUGGCUGCAGCGGCGGCGGAGGCUGCAGCAGCCGAGGCGGCGGCUCAAUCGCAGGCUGAGGGCGAGUGGAUGCCCCCCCAAUCGGACGGGGCCGCAGACAGCUGGUGGUUGGAGGAGGCGGAGGGGCGGCCGCUGGAGGAUGGGACGACCAUGUCCUACCUCGAGGUGCUCGAAGAAGAAGCUCGGAGCCAGAGGCUCCGGCUUCACAUCGAGCACCAGCUCCUGCGGCAAGAGGAGAACCGGCAACUGCUCUUCGAGAGUAGAUGCGGGAUCUGCCUCUGUGACUUCUCCGAGGUGGAAGAGACGGCGACCAUCUGCCAGCUUGGCUGUCACCACACCCACGCUUUCUGUGCGGGCUGCUUGCGGAGCGCCUUUGGAGCUCGGUCAAACCAGCAGGCCCCACCGGACUGCCCGCUGUGUAAAGCACAGGUCUCGGAGGCCGACCAGGCCUUCGUCGAGGCGGCGGCCGGCCGCUCGGCGGCGUGCCAUGCGGCCAAAACGCGGGCAGACGCGGACGCCACGCGCCAGGCCGCAUGGGACGCCCUCCCGCCGGCGGCGGAGAAGGUGAGCCUCCCUGAUGCGAGGGCGCCACCGGCGGUGCCGCCGGGAGGCGAGUGGGAGUGCAUUGACGCGCACAGCGCCUUCCAGUGCGCCGUCUCCCCGUGCAGUCACGUUCUCGAGGUACCGGAUUCGCUGCGAGGCGAGUGGGCGAGAGCCAAUGUCGACGUCUUCGACUUCAUUCAGGCUGCCAAGAGCUCGGGCGAUGAGCUGGCGCUCGAGCGCGGGCUCAAGUGGCAACUAUGUCUGCAUGACGUGCUCCUGCGAGGGCCGGCGCGCACCUCUCGGGGCGGCGGUCGCUCCAUCGACGUGUCGACGUCUCUCGCCCUGCGCUUCCAGCGGUGGCGCAACGGCGAGCGGGCCGCCCUCCUCUGCGCCUGGGAGGCCGAUCGCACCAGAGCGUGGUCGGCUCGGCGUCGGAGCGCGCAUCGCCGCGAGAGCUUCGAGGAGCGGACGGAGCGAGAGCGCUCGGCAGCGGUGUCCGCGGCGCUCGCGCUCUUCGCGGACGGCGAGAUCUCUCGCGCGAUGCGGAUGCUUCACUCGCUGGGCAUUGCCGACCUCUCGGCCUCCGUGCUCCUGCAGCUGCGCAGGAAGCACCCGGAGCGCGAUCGCCCCGUCCCGCACGACCUGCCCGUGCAGGUCCCGGCGGUGCGGGUGAGCCUCACCGAGACGUUCCGCAAGCUGCGGCGGCGCGCGGGCACCGGGCCUUCGGGCAACCGCAACGAGUACCUCAGGGUGCUCACCCACUCCUUCGACGACGCCAAGGCCGACAGCGUCAUGCAGAAGUACGAUGCCUUCGCCUCGGAGCUCGCCAGCGGGGACUUGCCGACCUGGUUCUACGGCGCCGCCUCGAUCGCCUCGUUGAUGCCUCUCGUCAAGAAGGCGGUCACGCAGGCCGACGUGGAGGCCAUGCGACAGCCUGACGUGCGGCCAGUGGCGGUGGGCGAGGUCACCCUGCGGUCCAUCCUCACCUCGGUGACUGCCAGCGUGGCCCCGGCGAUGGCGGACGUGCUCGCGCCACAGCAGGUGGCGGUAGGAGUCUCGGGCGGAAUCUCGAUCAUGAUCAACGGGAUCCGCAUCUUGCUCGAGCAGCGAGGCGACUUUGUGCUCGUCAAGAUCGACCUCAAAAACGCGUACAACGAGAUCGAUCGGUCGGCGCUUCUCCGCCGCUGCUCGGAGGUGCCGGAGCUGGCGCCGUUCAUGCCGCUUCUUCACGCGACGCUCAUGUCCGCGACGAGCCUGCUCGUCGGGCCCCAGCGGACGCGGCUCUUUGAGCAGCACCACCUCGAGGGGCAGACGUGCCGCGCUGAGACGUCGCGUGGCGGCGACUCGGCGACCGGCACGCAGCAGGGCGGGCCUCCAUCGAGCGGCGCCUUCUGCAUCGCCAUCCAGCCGGAGCUGGCUGCCCUCGACGCCGAGCUGAGGCCGUUCGGUGGCGGGGCUUGGGCGGAGAUGGACGACAUCUUCGCGCUAGGACCGGCGGCCGCCGUGUUCCCGGCGGUCAAGCGCUUUGGCGAGGCGGUCAAGGCGUCGCUCAACCUCGAGAUGCAGGUCUCGAAGCUCGAGUGCUUCUCUCCCGAGUACAACCUCUCGCACUGCCCGUGGCGGGAGGCGUUGGGCGCGCCAGUCGGCAUGGUGCUGGUGCCGGAGGAGGAUGGCGGGUCGCGGACGUACCGAGGCGUGAUGGUCGCGGGCUGCCCAAUGGGGGAGGCAGGGUUUGUGGAUGCGUGGUUACGCGCCCAGGUGAGCAGUAUCGUGAGCUACAUCGACAAGACAGUUCUUUCGCUACGUGCUGCGAGCCCCCACGCGCUGUGGGCCGCCAUCUACUACUCCUGCUCCGCCAAGUUCGACUUCAUCCUUCGGCACCUCCCUCCCGACAAGACGGUGUCCCACGCUCGCGUCGUCGACGCUGCGCUCACCCGUGCCGCUGAGGCGUGCGGCUACGAGGGCGUGCUCGGCGACGCCAUCACCGCGCGGCGGGCUCGCCUGCCUGCGCGGAUGCGCGGCCUCGGCCUGCGCUCGCUCGAGGAGGUGGCGCCGGCUGCGUUCUGCGCCUGCUUUGUCGAGGCGGCCGAGAGGUUCCUCGACAGGUCGACGCCCGGCGGCGGCAGAGAGCGCGGCUUCUUCCAGAUGCUCGCUCCGCUCUUCGGCCACGGCGCCUUCGAGUUGCCGUACCCGAACAGCCCUCGCCUCUCGCGCUUCCUCUCGGGCUGCACCACCAACGUCAACCCGCUCGGCGCGCAGCUGGGGCAGCUGACGCCGACGGGCGAGUCCUUCAAGAAGGCGUGGGAGGGCAUGCAGCGAGAGGUCCGCGGCGAGGGCGUGGCGGGACCUCUCGAUGUCCGGGCUCCCGAGGCUGGCAACGGGCGGGCCGGCAGCGCUGGGCUACAGCGGCAGCUGACGCAGCAGCGGGAGCAGGUCAAGCGCAACCAGCUCAGCCGCAGCAUCCUCGGGCUGCCGCACGGCGACACGCGGCGGGAGGCGUGGCUGGCCGUCGACUCGUUCUCGUCCGCGUGGGUGAGCUCAUGGCCCUCGGCUCAGAACCGGUGCGAGGCGCGCGAGUUCCGCGAGAUCUUCUGCACCUACCUCGGCCGGGAGAGCCCAGCCGUGCGCGCGCUCGUGGGCAAGAGCAUCGCCUGCUCCGGCCGCGGCCCUCCUCGAGUCUGCGAUGCCUUUGGCGUCCAGCUGGGCUUGGCGACGCUCAACGACCGCGCCCACGGCAACUGCCACGACGACAUCUUCUCACGCGUGAUCGGUGAUGCGCUGCACGCGGGGCUGCGCGGCAAGGAGGAACCGCGCGAGAUCUUCAGCGCCGUCAUCCCGCCUGUCACACUCAACGGCACAGCUGGCACGCGCGGCAAGAACGGCAUCGUGCCGGAUGGGCGCCUGCACUGCAAGCUGCGCGAGUCCCGCACGGCGCGCUGCACGGGCACACGAGGCCAGGCGCAUCCGUCUGUCCGGUGGCGCGGCACGACAGUGCAGCGCGGGCCCGAGCAGCCGCCGGCGGAGCACCUCCUCGAGGGCAAGACCAUCCACCGCGGCGGGCCUCACUACAUGAGCGCUCGGGCGCGCGACGAUGGCCAGGGCGGCGCUGUCGCCGACAGGGCGAACCUUGUCCAGCGCGACUACGAGGCGCGGGCGGCGGCGCUCGAUGCCAAGCCGCACGUGCAGGCAUGGAACAACGGCUCGAGGGACGCCGUUUCCUCCGUGCUGCGCUCGUUUGGCACCGUGCGCAGCCUCGUUGUCGGGGCCUACGCGGAGGCGUCGGACGACCUGCACCAGCUGUUCGACUGUGUGGUGGAGUCGGCAUCCAAGCAGCACUGGAGGCGGAUCGGCGCGCGUAGCGCGAAGGAGGCGCGGUCCUACUUCGCUACGACGCUGCGGCGGGCGUGGGGCGUGCACUUUGCGCGCGAGUUCGCGCGGCACCGCAUCCGACGCGUGGCCCUCAAUGCAGCACGCCCAUCAAUGGUCGAGGUGCUUCUCCAGGCUCAGGCCACCGCCGGCCGCGAUGGCGGCCUCUUUGACAAUCUGCCGUUUGCGGCCUGGAACCCGGCGCCGCAGGCCAAGCGAGACGCCUUUGCUCGCUGCUCGGGCCGCGGCUACCCGCGCGAGGGCUAUCGCUCUGCCUACCACCUCCUCGUCGACAUGGCGCGUCGCGACGCUUGCGCCGACAUCGCGUGCGUGGUGCUGGAGGACACCGCCCUGCUGGGCGACUCGCUCGUGGUGGGCGGAGCGCUCGUGCUCGAGCGGCGGCUGCCGAUGGCACGCGACUCGGGGAGCUUCGCGGCGGGCGCCGGCCCGCCGCCCGCCCAAGACGCGCGCUGGCGGGCCAAGGACGAGGCCGAGGGGCUCGGCGACGAGGGCUGGCAGGGCGAGGCCUCGCUGCCCGAGCUGGCGGAGGACGCGACGCUGUGCGAGUGCACCGCCGACGAGGCGCUCGGCGUGGCGCUGGCGCUCGGCUGUCGCGUGCUGGUCGACGCUCGCGUGUGGGAAGGCGGCCGGACUGCUCCGCGGUACAGCGAGCAGCGCGGCAAGAUGCGGCUCGAGGUGAUGCCGCGCACGGCGGAGAGGGCUGAGGGAGAGGAGGGAGGGGAGGGCGAGCGGCGCCCUCCCCCGCCGCUGCCUUGGGAGAUCAGUUCUGCGGACGAGCUCCUCUCCCUCUCGCUCGAGGACAAGGCCCGCUCGGCGCUGCGGGCGGGGCUGCGGCUGCCUCGGAGGCGAGAGGCGACCAACGAGGCCCUGACCCAGCUGCUCGAGCCUCUCCUCGACGAGGACGUGCGCCGACGCCUCGCGAUGCGGCGCGCCCUCGAGGAGGGCGACGUCGGCGCCGCCGCGGCGCUCGAGGCUGGCAGCAGCCGCCGCGGGCAGCUGCUCGCCGCGUUGCGUCGCGCGGUGGACGAGGAGCGGUACGGCGAGGCGGCGGAGCUGUCUCUGGAGCUGCGCGUCGAGACGAGCCGGCGGGCGGACGUGACUCAGGACGAGGGCGGCUACGACCGCUACCUCGACCAGGACGACUGGUACGCACGCGGGCUCGCGGCGGAGCGCGAGAGGGAGCUGCAAAAGGAGCGGGAGAGGGCGGCGGAGAGGGAGGCGGCCGCCGAAGCGGUCGCAGAGGCGGCCGCGGAGGCGGAGGAGGCGGAGGAGGCGGAGGAGGCGGCGCGGGUGGCGAGAGAGAGGAGGGAGGCGGAAAUGGCAGCGGCAGAGGAGGCGGAGGCAGCAGCGGAGAGGCUGGUGGCAGAGGAAGCAGCGGCGUCGGCAGAGGCCAAAGCGGCGGUGUUGGCAGAGGAGGCAGCCGGCGGAUUUCGCUUCGACGUGGUCUCGGCUCCGCGGGGCGCCGAGGAGACCGGCUCCUGGAGCGACGCGCUUGAGGGGCGCGUGUUCGAGCAGAUGCUGGCGGCCUUCGACAAUUAUCCACCGGAGGAGGUGGAGGCGCUGCUCGCGGCUCUCGUGCGGGCCGCGGGCGAUGGGGAGGCGGAGGCGGAGCGCUCGUUGCUCAAGCUGGCGGGCUUGGCGCGGAGUAUCGAGGCGCUGCCGGCGGCCGGCUCUGGCGGGGACGGCGCUCUGGCGGCGGACGAGGCGCGCAGCCUCUACUCUCAGGUGCGCAUGUGGGGCAAGGACGGGGAGAGGUGGCUCGAGGGGAGAGGAGGGGGAGACUCCGGUGGCUCUUGGCUCGGGUGGCUGAACGAUCUUCGCCGAGGUCUCUGA